AAUGUUUGACAUCCUCUUCUGUUAACCAUCUACGGGUGCUUAUCCCCUAAACCCCAAACAAUACACAUCCGUUCAUCAUUUGGAUGGAAAAGAAGGCUUACUCAUGCGGUAAUGCUGGUGAAACCCUGGAAUGGAUUGGUGCCAUCAUUGAUUUUAUAAAACCUUACUCUUUCUUUUGGGAUUCUCAUGUCGUUCAUUUCCUCACGCAUAGAUUGUGGGAAGCUGUUGAUAAUGAGUGGCUUGAUACCCUUCGGAAUGAACCUCUCGACUAUCUUAUUCAAAUUCCCUCGGGAUUUGUCCAGGACCGCUGGCCUUCUUCAUUGAAAAAAUUUAUUACUACAUCGACUGCCCUUUCUUUCCCUCGUGAGCAGGCAGAUUUCAACAAGAUAUUCCCGAAUACGCAGACGAUUUUGCUUAACAAUGUUAUAACUCAAGGCAUGAGCCAGAAGAAAAGACAUGAAAUAGAGGCUCUCGCAGCAGUCAUUGGUUCAGUGGCAAAAGAUGUUGAUACUAAUACAGUUAUUGACUUAGGUGCAGGUCAGGGUUAUCUGUCUCAAGUACUCUCUUUUGAGUACCACCUAUCUGUAAUUGCAAUUGAUGCCUCUGAUCAUCAUGGAAGGAUCACUCAUGCACGUGCACAGCGUAUUAAGAAACAUUAUGAUGCCAGGAUGCAUAAAUCUAGUUUAGGAGGAAGAGAAGUAAUGACCCCCAAGACAGUUACUUGUAGUGUCCUCUCCCCAGACAUGUUGAAUACUCUGCUUAACUUCAAGGACAUUGAUGAAUGUUGUCUCCCAUCAAAACCCUUGCUUCUCACUGGUCUUCAUGCUUGUGGGGAUCUAUCUGUAACAAUGCUGAGGACGUUUUUGGCAAAUGAAGAAGUGAAAGCAAUAGUUAGCGUUGGCUGUUGCUACAACUUGCUAUCAGAAGAAUCUGGAAUGGAUAAUGAUGCAUUAUGUGGUUUUCCUGUCAGUAAAGGUGUUAAAUCAAGUGGCUUACAUCUUGGGAGAAGUUCACGUGAUCUUGCUUGUCAGAGUGCAGAUAGAUGGAGAAGUAUGGAAAAGGAUGCUAGCCUUCAUAAUUUUGAGUUGCAUGCCUUCCGUGCUGCUUUCCAAGUGGUACUUUCUAGAUAUUUUCCUGAGACUUUGACGAUAAUUCCCACAAUAGGACGACAGGGAAAGGCUUUGCGCCGCCGACAACAAAGUUCUAGUAUGCAUGGUUAUUUUUCCACUGUUAAUUGUUGCAGAGCUGAAACAGGCUUGACCACGGGCGGGGUUCUCUGUAAAUCAAAUUCUACUGGUGGAAAGGCUGAACAUGAUGACAGAUGUUUACUUUUUGAGAAAUUCAGUCAGUGUGGAAUGCAUCGUCUCAAUUUAAACCAAAUGCACGGUAUUGAUUUUGCUGGGAUAUGGAAGGAAGCAGAACCGUUUGCUGAACUGAUAGGGCCAUAUUGGUCGCUUAGAGCAACUCUUGGUCCUGUAUUGGAGACGUUGAUUUUGCUUGAUCGACUAUUGUUCCUUCAGGAGCAAGGUGAUUCGGUGGAAGUGAAGAUGUUACCCAUUUUUAAUCCUAGUGUCUCGCCCAGAAAUGUUGCUUUGAUAGCUAAGAAGGUUUAAAAAUAAUGAUAUAAUGUUAACUAAUUUAGUAGGUCUGAAAACAUGUCAAAAAAUGUAGUGUUAGAUUUAUGGAUUUCCCUUAUUUUCUUUCAUAAUAUUAGCCUUUGAUCUUUUAUGUAUUAGCAAAUUUCUAAACAUGUUUGUAAGCCAGUUAUAUUUGUCAACUUUUCUUUUUAGCUUAAAUCAUAAUUUGGUGAAAUAAAUCUGAAAGAGUUUAUGUCA